GCCGAGUGACCGGUUAGGAAAUUAUUCACCAGAACAACCACCUCCGUUAAGCGCGAUUCGGCGACCUGAUGAAAAAUCCAACGGUAUUUAUCCCAUCAUCCAUCUGCACCUUGACUCUUCUAGCCAUGAAUAUAUCUUGGCUAGUAAAACGGGAACACAACAUCCAUGGAUUAGCUUGAGCGGGCCGCUCCGAUCAGAAGGCCGCGCGCGCUUAAACAUACCGUCUUCGAUGAUAAUCAGGUACUUUCUUGAAUCUAUCGGAGAAUAUUCGAGAUACAUUCCCUAGAAAACUCAUUUAAAAUUACACUUUCACAGAAUAAUCGGAGAAAAUUGUCCUAUAAAAAUCGACCAUUCACGGACCCAAGAAGAGCCUUAUCCCUUUGUAUUAAUGGCCGCAAUUCAUGUAAUAUGGUCUCACGACGCAUCGACGUUCCUGGUUGGUUCCUCUAUGUAGACCUCGGAGGACGAUGUUCAUGCAACUUCCUAAUCUUGAUUCGUAGCCAGUAUGCAUGUGACGCAAUCCUUGGGCAGCUAGACGUUGUGUGAGUGAAUAUGUUAUGCGAUUAUCUACUUGGUAGAACACUUCUAGUUCCUCGUCAGCCAAGAUAUUCUAAGAACUAUCAACUACCUACGAUCUUGAACAAUCGCAUUCUAAGUCCGAGUUGGGUGGAUUAUGGAAACAAAGAGUUAUACAAGUCUAGAUCGCGGAAACGUCUUGAAGACCUUGGAGUCUCGAUUAUCAGCGAGCCACAGCACCGUUCAAGGUCCACAGGUUCAGCUCUUCCGCGUCAAUUCACCCUCUCCCACGGCAUCACCGAACCCUACAAUGCCACACUGGAGGCCUGACGAACAGGUUUCUCCUGAAAUCCCACGAAAAGAUGCAUGCACAACAACACCCUCCGAGCAUCUCAUCCAGUCGUAUAAUAAACGGAUUCAAGUCAUGCAAGCGGUCAUCAACCAACUACGCUCAGCAGGAAAGGAUCGCCAGGACGUAGAACUGGACCUCAAGAAAACGCGCGAAGAGCUUGAUAGGGCGAACGCAAGGAUCAACGAUCUCGAAGCUGAACUCGAGCAAGGUGCAGGAGAGCUCAAAACUGCGAUCAAGCAACGUGACGCGGCUAUUGAACACAACAAUAGGUAUCAUAUAGAGGCCGAAGAAGCUGAUAAGAAAUGCCGCGAACUUGAGCAUAUUAAUAGGCGUCUUAUGGGCAUCCAAGAGGGUUGCGAAUACGCCUGUAACGAUGUCAUCCGCAUUCAUAACGUCAUCUGGGGCUCUCAGCCCAUCUACGAUGAGUCCCUCAACAAACGGCUCCUAGAAUAUGCCUCUCAAGGAUUCAGCUUUACUACCACAUGCGACUUCAUCAACUACGAUGUAAGGCCUGGUGAAAGGAGGACACUGGUUGUUGCGUAUUCGAAAUUCCCUGAUGGCCCGAUGCGCUGGCUUGUUGUUGAUGAGAGCCAUGGAGGGGAGUUUGAUCUUCGAUGAAUAAUAGCCUUAGUCAAUACCUAGUCCUCCCCUGAUUGCUAAGUUAUUUACCCAGGCAACGAAGAGAAUCCCCUUAUAAGCAAUUAAUAUGUGAGCAAAACAGU